AUGGUACACCAUUCGUUGACUGAGGUCCCUCGUAGCUUCAAAGAGGCUGUUGACUGGUUGAUGGCCCUGAGGGACAUUGAUGGCGAAAAGAGCUUGAGGGCUAUUGGCGAUGCAGUUUACAAGUUUCUCGCAAACAAACCUGUCGGCAAAAUGGAGGUGCCAGCUCUCGAAGAAGUUAAACGUAUUUCUCAGCAGUUCCUGGAGGAGCCGGAGCUUAAGGAAAACUCAUAUGUAAAAGAACUUCUAAACCGAUACAAGACACCAAUGAAUAAGACUGACAACAUGUGGUGGAAGAGUUUUAGGGCGUUCAACGGAAGUAAUUAUAGUAACUUCAUAAAGACAGGCGGUCUCAAUGCCGAAAAAAUCGCCAGGAACGUGGAUCAUGUGACGUACGGUUGUGCAUUUCUCUUGGAUAAUAUAAAAAGACAUGACCAGUACAAGUCUGCUUACACUCCAGAAGCUACAUGGGAGACAUCAUGCACAAAAGAUCCGGAAGCUUGUGCGGUGAUCUUAGUGGGAAUUGCUCCUAUGUUAUACGUAGGCUUAAAUGCUCUGUGGGAUGCGAUGAAUGGAGUGAUUUGGCACUCGAAUGAUAAUACCAGGGAGCGAUUGGUAGAUGUAUUGAAAGCCUUAGGUUACGUAGAGCCGGAAUGCCAAAUUAGGAAUACGCCAUAUGUCUUCAGGGGAUUGCGACACGUGGAUAGAGAUAUGCUUGAAAAAUUAUACGAUCUCUCUGGAUUCUGGGCUUUCUAUUAA